AUCGAUAUCAUCUCAUCACACUCACAUCUCUUGUGCUCUCUCUUCAGUCUCUCACACACACCCUUCUUCUUCAGCUGAGUUGUUUGUAAUACAGCAAGAUGAAUCCAUGGAACAUGAGAACUUCCAAGUCACUCUCUCAACAAGUUUCUUAUCCUCCUUAUCUCUUUGUAGAAGAGAUUCCAAACAUGGGAAAUUCCAGUGUUGUGACCAAGGAUGCUAGAGGUUCACAGCUGACAAUCUUCUAUGGUGGCCAAGUUCUUGUCUUCGAUGAUAUUCAAGCUAAAAAAGCCAAGGACAUCUUGUCUUUUGCCGGCAAGGGAAUGUCUCAAAACCAGAACGAUUAUGCUAACACUUUCCCUGCUACAACUUCUGCUAAUCCCACUAGACCAUUUCCUUUUCUUAUGAAUAUCAUUCCAACCAGUGCCAACAAUUCGGUUCAAGACCACCCUCAAGCACCAUCCAAACCUGUUAUUUGUGAUCUACCAUUGGCUAGGAAAGCUUCACUUCAUCGGUUCUUGGAGAAAAGAAAGGAUAGAAUUGCUGCCAGAGCACCAUAUCAAACAAGCAAUCACAUGGCAGCCCUUAAUAAGCCAGCUGAAUCCAUGACAUGGCUCACCUUGGCACCUAAAUCACCACAACAAGACGAAUCUGAUUCCGAUAGCAGCUCCAGCUUUGUGUUAUUUUAGCUGUUGCUAAUGGCUUACUAUUAUCAUAAUUAAGAGUGCAAUUUUGGGCAAAAAAGUAAUGUAAAUGUAGUUUGGUUAGCAUAGUUUUAGUAAAAUAUUGGAAUCAAUUCUUCUCAAUUCUCAAUGUCACAUGUAUUAUAUGUAAAAUUUAUGGUUAGGGUUAUCUUUUUAUAACCAUAGUCUGUUUGUUAUAGUUCAAUUGGUUUCUACUAGUAUGUGAGCCACAUUUAACCAAAUUCCAUCUUUCCACCUAA